GUUUACCAUUUGUUACAGUUCUUUGUCUCUGCGAGCAUAACAAGUCAGGAUGUCUAGAAAAUAGAGAAAUACAUUUUUUUUUUUUUUUUUGUAUAAAUAAACGUAUUUUUAUCAUACAAUUUUUGGACCAAGAAUUUUUCUUUCAACUUUCUUUUCUUUUUCCACUACUCCAAAUAGCCGAGGCGGUUCAUACGGAGACUUUUGCAUAAGGAAGGUAUCACGUAGGUCUAUAGGGCAGCAGCCAUGGUGUUGAUCCUGGGCAGACGGCUCAACAGGGAGGACUCUGGGACCAGGGACUCCCCCGCCGUCAAACGAAAGGUGUUCGAAGUGGACUCCAAAACUCUGACCGGUAAUGAAGUUCUAGACUUCUCCUCCGGCUCCUCCCACUCGGAGGCCAUCUUGCAGGUGUUCAACGAGUUCCGCGACAGCCGCCUCUUCACUGACGUGGUCAUCAGCGUGCAGGGCCGCGAGUUCCCCUGCCACCGUGCAGUGCUCUCCGCCUGUUCCUCCUACUUCCGCGCCAUGUUCUGUAACGACCACCGCGAGUCGCGUGAGAUGCUGGUGGAGAUCAACGGCAUCCUGGCCGAGGCCAUGGACUCUUUCCUCAGCUACGUCUACACGGGCCGCGCCAAGAUCACCACCGACAACGUGCAGUUCCUCUUCGAGACCUCCAGCCUCUUCCAGAUCUCCACGCUCCGCGACGCCUGCGCCAAGUUCCUGGAAGACCAACUCGACCCCUGCAACUGCUUGGGCAUCCAACGCUUCGCCGAUGCCCACGCUCUGAAACAGCUGGCCAGCCGCUGCCGCUCGUACGCCCUGGCCAACUUUCCUGACGUGGCCCAGCACGAGGAGUUCCUGGACCUGAGGAGAGAUGAGUUGGAGGAGUACAUCUGCAGUGACGAACUGACCAUCGGGAAGGAGGAGGUGGUGUUUGAGGCGGUGAUGCGCUGGGUGUACCACAGUGUGGAGCCCCGGAGGCCCGUGCUUAAGGACCUGCUGCACCACGUCCGGCUGCCCCUGCUGCACCCCAACUACUUUGUCCAGACAGUGGAAGGAGACCAGAUCAUCCAGACGGCGCCAGAGUGCUACCAGCUCCUCCACGAGGCCCGGCGGUACCACGUACUGGGCAACGAGAUGAUGUCCCCCAGGACCCGCCCACGCAGGUCAACAGGCUUCUCAGAGGUGAUCGUGGUGGUGGGGGGCUGUGAGAGGGUGGGAGGGUUCAACCUGCCCUACACAGAGUGUUACGACCCUGUGACGGGAGAGUGGAAGUCCCUGGCCAAGCUCCCAGAGUUCACCAAGUCAGAGUACGCCGUCUGUGCCCUGCGUAAUGACAUCCUGGUCUCAGGGGGUCGUAUCAACGGCAGAGACGUGUGGAUGUACAACUCCCAGCUCAACCUGUGGAUCAGAGUGGCUUCACUCAACAAGGGACGCUGGAGACACAAGAUGGCCGUCCUACUGGGGAAGGUCUAUGCAGUGGGAGGGUAUGACGGCCAGAGUCGUCUUAGCAGUGUGGAGUGCUAUGAUUCCUUCUCUAACCGCUGGACAGAGGUGGCUCCCAUGAAGGAGGCGGUCAGUUCUCCGGCCGUGUCCAGCUGUGCUGGGAAGCUCUUCGUCAUCGGCGGAGGGCCAGACGACAACACUUGCUCUGACAAGGUCCAGUGCUAUGACCCAGAGGCAGACACCUGGGCACUAAGGGCAAGCAUCCCCAUUGCAAAGCGUUGCAUCACGGCGGUCUCUCUGAACAACCUGAUCUAUGUGUCAGGAGGUCUCACCAAGUCCAUUUUCUGCUACGACCCUGCAGAGGACUACUGGAUGCAUGUGGUGCACACCUUCAGCAAACAGGAGAGCUGUGGCAUGUCUGUGUGUAACGGGAAGAUCUUCAUCCUGGGUGGGCGGGGUGAAAACGGCGAGGCCUCGGACACCAUCCUGUGUUACGACCCGGCAACAGGCAUCAUCACUGGGGUGGCCGCUAUGCCUCGCCCCAUCUCCUACCACGGCUGUGUCACCAUCCAUCGUUACAACGAGAAGUUCCUCCACCGGCCCUGACCACACACACACACACACACAGGAUUAUACAUAAACACGCUUUCAGACACAAUGAAAAAUGUUUCUUGAGACCCGCUCUCUCAAAAAAUGCUGCAAACAGACAUUCACACAUACUCACCCCACUUACACACACACACACACACACACAUACACGCACAUUCUUUGUUCAUCUCAAGAAGCUACUCGUUUAGAAAUUCAGACCACCUACAGCCCCAGUUUCCGAUAAACUUAUUUGCUCAUUGUCCUAUGUAGCAACUCUCUCUGUGGUUGGUAUCAUGGAAUUCCUGCUAUGCUACUGCUGAUCCAUCUCUGCCAGUUGUUGUUUUCUGGAGAACCAAACCACAGACGGGUUGUUUUGCCUCCAGGCACCACUACAGUAUGUCAGCAUCAGUGUGUAGGCCGUGGGCAUUCCAGGGCCAGUAGCAGCUUCUCAGCUGCUCAUCCUAAGAACCAGAGAUUCUGCUCUUUGAUGGACAGAUAGUGAAAUGGAAACAAAGUGUUGCUUUUAGAGAUUACGGAUGUUGUCAUGUGGACAAGUGUUGACAGUGAAUAGUGAUAGUGAACAAGAAACAAAGCUUUGAUUCAGACUUGAGAGAAAUUCAUUGGAACCUGGCUCUGAUACUGAGGAAUACUUAGGAAGCCAGUUUUAAAAGGCAAGAUGUUAUACUCAUCACUCCACUGGCUGUAUUUCAACUGUCUUAAAAUGGCCUCCUCUUCCUUCGUGAUCACUUGAUAGUAUCAUGGAAACUUGUGUAACAGUAUCAUGGAAUGUGUGGGAGUCCUUUUACCUGGAAGCCCAGAGGGUAGGGAUGGAAGCUAGAGGGUAGAAAUGUGGUCGAACUGAGUUUCAUGACUUCAAUUUGAUAUGGAGUUAAGCAGUAAUUGUUUGGUAUAAAUAUAUAUAUUUUAAUAGCUGAUGGAAAAACAGAGGCCAUGUUCAAAUAGUAUGAAAAGUUUUUCUUCCAGUGUCUCCUUUCAUCUCCUCUCAAUUACAUGAUUGAUAGGAGGCAAGGAAAGGAGGCAAGGAAAGGAGGCCUUAUUAGAGCAUUGGGACACAGCCAGUUGUCUCUGCUCCUGCUCCCCUCCUGCUGUGGUCUGAACUCUGAAUCUGCUCUCUCCUAUUUCCAUUUCCUGUUAGAGCUUCCCUCUACUUCCUCUUUCCAUAUCAUCUCUUUUCUCCUCAUAUCCUACCUCUUACACUGACACUGUCAUCAUAUUUCACGGUCGUCCUCCCUUUAAUCUUUGGUACACACAUACGCAUAUACAUACACACAAACACACACAGACAUGUAUUUUAUUUUUGAAUUGAUUAAAUUAUAUUUGUUGGCCUUUUUUUACCUUUGGAUAUUUGUACUGAUGUAGCUUUACCGGUGUGCUUGUUGCUACAUAUGUUUGGAUAGUUGAUCUGGAUGUUGGGUGUGUGGGUGAUUUAGUCGAUAUCAGAUGCCUUUGUAUAUCAAGACUGUUCUGAAUGACUGGUACAGUAUAUUAUGUGACUUUUACCAUAUGUAAACCGCGUUACAUCAUAAUAGACUGUUUGCUAUUGUGCCGUUUACCCAGUGGCCUUGCCUCAUAUAUGCAAAUUCUAUAGAACUCUGUGCCAUACGUAGACUGUGUCACCUGUCACCUGUAUACUUAUGUAAUGUACAGCUCAUGUACACAGUGUAGCUCGGGGUAACCAUGGUGACCUCCAGGUGUGUGUGCCAUCAGCUCGUGCGAGCUGACACCAGUGUAUUACCUCACACAGGAUAUGAUCCAUUGGCAGGUGUGACGGUGGAAAUGUAAAGUCUUUAUUCUGGUCAGUAAAAGUCUCCUUUUACUUUUGGUGUGGUUAGAAUAGAGAUGUAUUGCUGUGAACUUUAAGGCUUUUUCUUUACUCCGUUUUGAUUUAAAUGUAUACGUCUUUGUGGAUCGUGUCUUUUUGGUGUUUUUUGUAUCUGAUAGCCCCAAUUGUGCACUUUCACUAUUAUAAGUAGAAAAUGAAAAUAUCGCAAUGUAAAUAUGAUUUUAGAUUUCCUUUGUUUACUGUAUCAGUAAAUGUUCUUUGCUUUCAUGUGACGUAUGUGAGUGUGGUGAAUGGAGCCUGCCAGUGACUCCUACUGGUCUGUGCCUGCUAAUGCUCUGAUUCCCCACAAAUAAACCACCGGAAGCUAUAUUGGAUGAGAGGAAUGUUGGAAUUCUUCAGAACCCCUCAAGUGUACUCUCAUUCUCUCCCAGAAUUCCUAGCUCAGGGUUUUAUCUCAGUGGCACCAAACCAGAGGAGGCUGGCAGGCGAGAGAAAGAAAGAUUGAAAGACAGAGAGAGAGAAAGAAAGAGUGAGUGUGAGUGCGUCUGUGACUUCAUUGAGUAUUUACACUAACAGGACAAAACAACAUUGUCCUCAUGUCUAUGUAACACCAUAAUUUAUGUUUUUCUCUAUUAGCAUUGUAGAGGUUUUGUUUCUGCCUUGUUGAGAUUAUCCUUUUUUUCUGAUCAUAUUCUUACUCUUUCUAUAGCUGUUGAGUGCUGGGAUUAGGGUUAGGAUUAUGUGUGAUUGCGUGAUGCUUGUUUUUGAUAAUCUGUCACAUGCAAAUGGUCUCUACUCUAUUUUGGAUUACUCUCAGUGGGCAAGGCCUGGACAGGGGAGAAGUGGUUGAUGGAUGUGAAUGCAGCAUCAGGCCUUCGGCUCAGAUCAAAUCCCUGAGGUGACGUUGUUUUGAACCUGCUUCCAUGGUAACCCUGGAUUUCAACCGUGGAUUUGAUUAACUUGUGCAGCCUAAAGUACUUGUGUACAAGAUGGAGGGUAGUACCGUCUGGAGAAUGCAGUCCUUUAUACCUUAAUGGAAUAAGCCAAUAUUGGAUUAAAGUAUGUAUGAUGUGAUGUUUGAAUCUUUCGUUCUUCUGUUUGUCGCUGAAAAAGUAACUUGGACUGUCUGAGCUACAGUAUAUCAGACGAAUUGUUCACGUGUGUAAAAUGAAGCAUUAAUAAAGUUCUUCUUUAUACUGAA